AUGUCAUUGGUUCUGCCCUUGGCGGCCGAUCUUGAUAAGCUGUCCUCCUUACCGAGUGGCCAACAAGGUCUUGAAGACCAAUCCGUGUUUGGAAUGAGAGACCUGGGUCCCUUCUCCGGUGCUGGCAGGAAGGACGGUCGAACAGGUCGUGAACAAUCAUAUGACGAUCUCAGCUCGGUCGACCAAGGUUUACACAAACCGGGAUCAAUUCCUUCAUAUGGCAGUGCAAGAAAUCCAUACUCGGAUCGUGGACAUACACGGGUAUAA